UAUUAUUAUUAUUAUUUAAAUUAUAUAUUUAUAUAUAUUUAUUUGUAUGGAGGAGGUGAAGAAGGAAGAAGAAUUGAGAAAAGGCGAUCAGAAUUUGAUGGGAAAUUCCGGAUUGUUAUUCGACAUUCCAUUAAUGGAUUUAUUGGCCGGACAAGAUUUCACCCCUUCCUUGUUCGAUCUCUUGUCGGCUGCGCCACCCACUACCACUCUUCCUCCGCCGUCCUCCGCCGUGCCGGAGUCAUCCGAAGUUCUCAACACCCCUCCUACUCCCAACUCCUCCGUCUCUUGCUCCUCCAAUGAAAAGGUUUUUGACGCCGACGACGGCGAUCUCCGGGAGAAAUCCCCUUUCAAUAAGCAAUUAAAAGCGAAAAAAAAGAAUCAAAAAAGGGUAAGAGAGCCGAGAUUUGCGUUCAUGACUAAAAGCGAAGUGGAUCAUCUCGACGACGGCUAUAGAUGGCGGAAAUACGGUCAAAAAGCCGUUAAAAACAGCCCUUAUCCUAGAAGUUAUUACCGUUGCACCACCGCCGGUUGCGGCGUUAAGAAGCGUGUUGAACGUUCCUCCGAUGACCCUUCUGUCGUCGUUACCACUUACGAAGGCCAACACAUCCAUCAAAGCCCAAUCAUGCCACGUGGAGCUUUAUCAGUCGCCGCCGCCGCCGCCGCCUUCGCCUCACCGCAACCGUCUCUUGUUUUCCCACAGCCGCAAUAUACGUACACUCCGGCGCCGCCAGUGGAUGUCCGAUUUGAUGCCGCGUUUCAUAGUUUUGGAGAAGAACGACGUCGUAUUGAGGAAUCUUUCCAAGACCAUGGCCUUCUGCAAGAUAUGAUCGUACCGUCCUCCGCCUUACACAUCCCGGAAGAAGAAUAGAAAAAAAAAAAAAAAAUUAAAUUAAAAAAUAAAUUUUCCACGGUACGUCGUCGUAUACUCUUAACAAAUUUCAUGGGAUUUUCUCCAUUAAUCAUGUUCACUAAUCACACAAUCCCACCACUGUAUAAUAUUUCUAUAAUUAAUUAGUUUUUUUUUCUUUUUUUCCCUCUGUGUCGAUGGAGGUGACCAGAUUUACGUAGCUGGUUCGGGUUUUGGUUUCGGUUUGGUCUUUUUUUUUUCGGUUCAAAGAAUCCAGUUCCUUGAAACGGUUCGAUUUAUAUAUAUAUAUAUAUAUCGUUUCAUUAAAUAUUUUGUGUAUUAUCUAUUGAAUUAGAUGGAUCGUGUUAUUGAUUAUUAGUAUUACGUAGCUCUCGAGAGGGGCGGGUUUUUAGGGUUUAGGGUUUUAAAAGCCAUUAGGGAAGGCCAAUGCAAGUAGUGUAGAGUUAUAGUUUUACUUUUUGAUUUGUUGUCUAUCUCAAAGAAGUAGGGUUAUAGGGUUUUGAUUACUAGAGAAUAUGAGAAAUUUAGGGUAAGGGAUGAAAUUUCCGAGUGUGGGCGAGGAAACCUAGAAUUCGGGGUCGGGGUCGGGUUCGAGGUCGAGGUAGAGUAUAGGGUUGUUUUGGGUAUAUUGCUUAAUUGGGUCAUUGUAACGUGACUGUCUCGUAAUAACUUUUAGGUAUGAUUUGUGAUUACUAAUGGAAUGUAAGUCGAAAUAGACGGUGUCGUUUCUCGGUUGUGCC